ACACUCAGUCCUUUCCCUGACCUGGCUUCUGAUUGGAGGUUGGUCGCUUCAGAUAAUGACCUCCAGGACCCCUCUGUGGGUUCCAGCCUGUUUGUAUUACUCUUGCUGCAACUUAAGACGCCUGCGGUGGAGAGUAAGGAAAAGGAAAAGAUCGGUAUUUUCAAAUUCCCAGGUACCAGAAGCACAGAAGACUGAUAGCAUUCCAGCUACCUACGUGAGCCCAGGGCUGGCAGCUUCCCAUGUGUCCCUUGCAGACAAGGUGCUCACUAAGAUGAGGGAUCUUCUUCAGUAUGUCGCCUGCUUCUUUGCGCUUUUCUCUACUGGCUUCUUGGUUGUGGCCACCUGGACAGACUGUUGGAUGGUGAAUGCAGAUGAUUCCCUGGAGGUGAGCACAAAAUGCCGAGGCCUCUGGUGGGAGUGUGUCACAAAUGCUUUUGAUGGGAUUCGCACCUGUGAUGAGUACGAUUCUAUACUUGCCGAACACCCCUUGAAGCUGGUAGUAACACGAGCACUGAUGAUUACUGCAGAUGUUCUAGCUGGAUUUGGAUUUAUUACCCUGCUCCUUGGUCUUGACUGUGUGAAAUUCCUCCCUGAUGAGCCAUACAUCAAAGUCCGCAUCUGCUUUGUUGCUGGAACCACAUUACUAAUAGCAGGUGCCCCAGGAAUCAUUGGCUCUGUGUGGUAUGCUGUCGAUGUUUAUGUGGAGCGUACUUCUCUGGUUUUGCACAAUAUAUUUCUUGGCAUCCAAUACAAAUUUGGUUGGUCCUGUUGGCUUGGAAUGGCUGGGUCUCUGGGUUGCUUUUUGGCUGGUGCUGUCCUCACAUGCUGCUUAUACCUCUUUAAAGAUGUUGGACUUGAGAGGAACUAUCCUUACUCCAUGAGGAAGGCCUAUUCAACUACAGCUGUUUCGAUGGCCAAGUCAUAUGUGGCCCCUCGGACACAGACUGCCAAAAUGUAUGCUGUAGACACUAGGGUGUAAAGUGACACAUGCUGGUCUGUGUGUAUUUGUUUCUUAACCAAUAACUCAAUAUGUUCAAGUUCAAUAAUAGCGGACAAAUUCGGGAACACUUCUUUAGACUCCACGUUGAGGUAAAUUCAUUGCUUAGCUUAAUCAAAAAGUUUGAUUCUCCUAUCACUUCUUCUCAGCUAUUCUUAAAUUCUUCCAGUCUUUCACCCUCACACAAACAUACACACGUUUUCCCUGCAUCUUAAGAGAAGGUUGCAGGAAUGUAAAAGUGUUUGUUGUGAUUUCUAUUUUGCUAUUAGAGAUAGUGACAUGGAGAUAUUAAAAUAAAGUGGCACUUGAAGAAUAGAAAGCGACUUUCAAAAGAGGCCAGAGAUUCUAAUCUAUGAAGAGAUUGACAAGCUCUUAGCUCUUUCCCUGGCUUUCGGCUCACUUUUUGUAUUCUUAACUGAGUGAGUUCUGUGAUAACUUUUAAGAUGAGUCUUGCAGGUUCAAGUCAGUAUAUCAAAGCGUACCAUUGCUCUGAUUCUGUUAAAAUAGAAAAAGAAAAUAGCUUCAUGGACCAGCCACUGGUGGUGGUUGAAAAUAAAAAGGUCCCUCUCCAUGCUCUAAAGGUCAAAAGCAAAUGCUAAAUUAAUCCCGGAGUCAGUGCUAACUUUCUUUUUCAUUAACAACAGAGGUCUGUGUGUUAUUUUAUCACUACUCUAAAUUUGCCUGUAUAUUGUCAAAUAUUAACAUAUGGCAGUUGUAGCUAAACCAAGGAGUUCACUUAGUGUUGACUGAGUACUGAGCAUCCCAAUUUCAAGAAUGUACCAUAUUAGAAUUCACCAGUUCAAGUGCUCUCUCGCCACUGGAUCCUCUGCACCAAGCCAAGGGGCUGUCAGAGGAUAAAAUGUUACAAAUAUUUGUUACCUGAAAGAAAUAAUGCUCACAGCUCUCUAUUAAUAAAAUCAAUUUUCCUCACAAAGUAUGUGCUUGUUGAAAAACAAUAGAAUUAUAUACAUGCUUAAAGAAAUCAGUGAAGAUUGCUAAUGGGAUUUUAUUCAUAUUCACACU